CGCAUCCAUUCCCUCUUUUACAAAUAUCCCUCUCUCUAUGACUUCCAACAAUUCUGCCAUGCGAGUAGACCAUUGGAGUUAAGCGCAGUGUGGCAAAUCCAAUCUUCACCCAAAUAAUCUGUCCAACGCUAUGAUUGAGAAUGAAAGAAAUGAAACCAAAAUAAAAUUUGCAUAGCCAUGUUCACUUCAUGAAUUCCAUUGCCCCCUUGUAUUUCUUCCUUCAUCCUUUCUCUUUAACCAAACAUACCAUUACGCUUCUAAGAAUGCAGCCUCUAUUCCUAGCACCACUGAUAAAAUGUUUCCCACUUAUUUAACCCCUAAGAAACAUCUUAAAAACGCCACCAUUUUUCUCUUUGUCUUUAAGAAAAUAGUUCCCUACAGUUUCAAUCAAUGUAAAUUCUACUCCAACCAAUCUUUACCUUUACCCACUGAUAAUUCCCGUCAUGCUAAGGCCAUAAAAGAUGGCUCCGUUCAAAACUUAAACGUAGCUAACCACCUUUUAAAUGUCUACGGGAGGUCUAAAAAUUUAAGCCAUGCACUUAAAUUGUUUGAUGAAAUGUCCCAUAGAGACGUGCGAACGUGGACAAUAAUAGUUUCUACUUUUGCACGUGUUGGUUCUAAUAUGAUUGUGUUGGAACUUUUUAAUGACAUGCAAAAUGAGGGUGUAAAACCAAACCAAUUCACUCUGUCAAGUGUUUUGAAGUGUUGUUCUAGUUUGAGUGAGCUUAGGAUAGGGAAAGGAGUUCAUGGGUGGAUUUUAAGGAAUGGGGUUGCUUUUGAUGUCGUUUUGGAGAAUGCCCUUCUUGAUUUUUAUGUCAAAUGUGAGGAUUUUGGAUCUGCCAAAUGGUUGUUUGAGUUAAUGGGAGAGAGAACUAGUGUAACAUGGAAUAUAAUGAUUGGUGCACAUUUGAACACUGGAGAUGUGGAUAAGGCUGUUGAUUUGUUUAGAAGGUUGAGUUUUAAGGAUGUUGCUGGUUGGAAUACAAUUAUAAAUGGCGUAAUGCGAAAUGGGUUUGAAAGAAUUGCAUUGAAACUACUUUUUGAGAUGGUAAAAGGUGGAACUUUGCUGAAUGAAGUUACUUUUUCCAUAGCUUUGGUUUUGGUUUCAUCAUUAAUAGAUUUAGAAUUAGGGAAACAGAUUCAUGGGAGGGUGUUGAGAUUGGGAAUUCAUGUUGACGGGUUCAUAAGGAAUUCACUAAUUGAUAUGUAUUGCAAAUGUGGGAAAAUGGAACUGGCAUCAAAAGUUUUUGAGAAAAUGGAUAUGGAUUUUAGGAGGGAAGAAAAUUCCAUUGAAGAAAUUAUUUCCAGGAGUUCGAUUAUUUCUGGAUUGAUUCUAAAUUGUGAGUUUGAAGAUGCUUUUAAAACAUUUACCUCUAUGAUUCAUAAAGAAAUUGAGGUUGAUAGGUUUACUGUCACAGGCAUUCUUUCUGCUUGUGCUAAUUGUGGAGUUUUGCAACUUGGUCAGCAGGUUCAUGCUCUCAUUCAGAAAAUUGGGCACAAAGUAGAUGCUUAUUUGGGAUCCUCAUUGAUUGACAUGUAUGCUAAAUGUGGAAACUUGGGUGAUGCUCAGAUGAUUUUCAAGCAAACUAAUGAUAAGAAUGUUGUGUUGUGGACAUCGAUGAUAUCUAGUUGUGCUUUACAUGGUCAAGGGAGGGAGGCUGUCCAGCUAUUUGAAUUCUUGACAAGUGAGGGAAUUAUGCCAAAUGAGGUAACUUUCAUUGCGGUUUUAACUGCAUGCAGCCAUGCGGGGCUGGUUGAAGAAGGUUGCAGAUAUUUCAGACUGAUGAAAGAAGUUUAUGGUAUCAAGCCUGGAGUUGAGCAUUUCACUUGCAUGGUUGAUUUAUAUGGGCGAGCUGGUCAGUUGAGCGAGACAAAGAAGUUUAUUGAUGAAAAUGGCAUCUAUCACAUGAGUGCAGUGUGGAGGUCAUUCCUGUCAUCUUGUCUACUUCAUAGAAAUGUUGAGAUGGCAGAAUGGGUUUCUGAAAAGCUACUUCGUCUGGAACCACUUGAUGCUGGACCUUAUGUCUUGCUAUCAAAUAUUUGUGCCACAAAACAAAGAUGGGAGGAGGCCACAGAACUGAGGAGCUUGAUGCAAAGCAGAGGGGUUAAAAAGCAUCCUGGUCAAUCUUGGAUCCAGAUCAAGGAUCAGGUUCACACUUUUGUCAUGGGGGAUAGAUCCCAUCCACAAAAGGAUGAGAUAUAUGCAUAUUUGGACAAGCUAAUUGGAAGAUUGAGGGAAAUUGGGUACUCAUUUGAUGCCAAACUGGUGAUGCAAGAUGUGGAAGAAGAGCAAGGGAAAAUGCUGCUUGGUUUCCACAGUGAAAAAUUUGCUACUGCUUACAGUAUCAUUAGCACGACAUCUCAAACACCAAUUCGGAUAAUGAAGAACCUUUGAGUUUGCAAUAACUGUCAUAAUUUUUUGAAAUAUACUUCUCAGCUUCUAGAUAGGGAAAUAAUUGGGAGAGAUAUUCGUAGAUUUCAUCAUUUUAAGCAUGGCUGCUGCUCUUGCAGAGAUUAAUGGUGAUUGAACUGGUGCUUGUCAUGUGUCUCAUAGUGUUAGUUUUAAUUAUUUCAUUGGUGUACAGAAUCCCGUUGCCUUAACGGGAGUGUUACCAGUGUCGAGCCAGCAUCGAGUAUAACAUGGAAGGGAUAUCUUUUCUCAAGGGAUGGCCCAUGGUGAGUUUGAGCUUUGGCAUUCAGCCGACUUUCCACCUCAAUCACAGCUGUCUUGUCACCUUUCAGAGCUUGUCUUAUUGAUGCCUGUGGUUCAGAAGGACCUUCAUCCGCAUCCCACUACAGGAUGGACUUCAACUGCACGGGGUAAGCCACUCCUGCUUCUGUUUUGUGUUCAACCUACUUACAGUGGGCCUCUUGGUUUUAAGUGAGGAAUAGGACCUUCACAAGCCAUGAACCCAUGUUUAAGGCACCGAAUCACACGCAUAUCAACAGGCAUCCAGGUGUUUGUGUCUGUGAUCUCUUAUGUUAUCAUAGCUAACUAUAAUCCACCAUCCGUUUUGUCCAAAGCCGGAUGUCCUCAUGCAAACACUGGUGUACAGAAUCUAGUUGCCUUUACUGCUCCUAUGUGCUUACACAAGCAUCCUGAACGGAAGUUGAAGAUUUUGUCAAUCCCAUUAAGUAGCUUAGGGGAUAACAUGUCAUCAAUAUUCAAUUCCAAAGAAUAUGCUGAAGUGAAAAUAAAGAUGGAAAUUUGCUUUAAUGGCACUUCUUUAUGAGUUGUGUGGGAUCUGAAUUAGCUUUGAAAUAGUACCCAUCUGCAACAUAUGUUAUGGCUGCAGCCCUGCAGCUUAUCUGAUAUCGUGACAUUUAUUGUUUUCUUGAAACUAAAAAUAUUUUGUGAUUGCUUCAAUCUAAUAGCCAAUGAAUCUACAAACUUUACAACAUCCAUUCUUUUUUCCAUGGUUUCUUUUUCUGAGAAUUAGAAUCCUGAAGUUCUUAAUCGAGCAGCAGUAAACGUAUAGGA